AUGGGAGUCUCAACGCCAGUGGGUCGCGAUGCAGCCAUCACCUUCGACUCGGGCAAGGGUCUGAUGGCCAAGGGCCCCGAGGCGCUGCACGACCUCAUGCUGAGCAACCUGGAGGCCACCACGGGACGCUCACUGCCCCGCAUGGACGUGCGCUUCAACAACCUCUCGGUGACUGCAGACGUCGUGGUGGUGGAGGACGACGGCUCCAAGCACGAGCUGCCGACGCUGCCCAACACCGUCGCCGGCCCCAAGAAGCGCUCGGUGCGCAAGGAGAUCCUCAAGAACGUCAGCGGCGUCUUCAAGCCCGGCACCAUCACGCUGCUGCUCGGCCAGCCGGGAUCUGGCAAGUCGGCGCUCAUGAAGAUGCUCAGCGCGCGCUUCCCCGAGGCCAAGAACAUCACGGUGGAGGGCGACAUCUCGUUCAACAACGUGCCUCGGAAGCAGAUCCUCGACCGCCUACCGCAGUUCGUGUCGUACGUGGACCAGCGGGACAAGCACUUUGCGCCGCUCACGGUGAAGGAGACGCUCGAGUUCGCGUACCAGGUGUGCGGGGGUGACAUCACCAAGCGCAAGGAGUUUAACUCAGCGUUGCCCUCGGAGAAGGAGAACGUCGAGGCGCUGCAGGCCACCAAGACCAUCUUCCAGCACUACCCGGACGUGGUCAUCCAGCAGCUCGGACUGCAGAACUGCCAGGACACGAUCGUCGGUGACGCCAUGAUCCGCGGAGUCUCCGGCGGCGAACGCAAGCGCGUGACGACUGGCGAGAUGGAGUUCGGCAUGAAGUUCGUGUCGCUCAUGGACGAGAUCAGCACGGGCCUCGACAGCGCGGCCACGUUCGACAUCAUCAAGACGCAGCGUAGCAUCGCCCACAAGCUGCACAAGACGGUGGUCAUCGCUCUUCUGCAGCCGUCGCCGGAGAUCUUCGCUCUGUUCGACAACGUCAUGAUCCUGAACGAGGGCGAGCUCAUGUACCAUGGCCCGUGCACCAAGGUGGAGGGCUACUUCGAGUCGCUGGGCUUCAAGUGCCCCCCGGAGCGCGACAUCGCCGACUACUUGCUUGAUCUCGGUACCAAGCAGCAGUACCGCUACGAAGUGGAGCAGGGGUCCAAGGCACCGCGGUUGCCUCAAGAAUUCGGCGACAGCUUCCGCCAGUCUGAGCUGUAUCGGGACACCCUGACUGCACUGGAGGCGCCUUACGACCCGGAUCUGUUCAAGACGGUGAAGGAGAACAUGGACCCGAUGCCCAAGUUCCAGCUUUCGUUCCUCGACAGCACAGCGACGCUUUUCAGACGUGAGAUCAUGAUUACGUUCCGCAGCAAGGCCUUCAUCUUCGGCCGGCUGCUGAUGAUCAUGGUCAUGGGGUUGCUCUUCAGCACAGUUUACUACGACUUUGACCCCACGCAAGUGUCGGUGGUCACGGGCGUGCUCUUCUCCGCCGUCAUGUUCCUGUCCAUGGGGCAGUCGUCCCAGCUGCCGGUCUUCAUGGCGAACCGCGACAUCUUCUACAAGCAGCGCGGCGCCAACUUCUACCGGACGUCGCCUUACGUCCUGGCCAACUCGAUCAGCGGGAUCCCGCUGUCGCUGGCGGAGACGGUCAUCUUCGGCUCGCUCGUGUACUGGCUGUGUGGCUUCGCGGCUAAUGCAGGGCUGUUCAUCAUCUUCGAGCUCAUCCUGCUGCUGUCGAACCUGGCCAUGGGCAUGUGGUUCUUUUUCCUGUCGUCGGUCUGCUCUCAUGAGAACAUCGCGACUCCGCUGUGCAUGAUGUCCAUCCUGAUCUUCAUUAUCUUUGCUGGCUUCAUAGUGACCACGGACGAGAUUUGUGUUUUUGCACGGAACUCCGUGUGUUUUUGCAGUGGGCAUACCGAGCGCGGCGAGGGGGCGCAUGGGGUCCUGUGCACGGCGGAUGCUUGGGCAAAACGGUGA